GAGCAGUGUAAGCACCUGUUGCUUCUGUCAAUGUACUUGACAACAGAGCCUAUCCCUUAUAGUGAAGUUUGUCAGCUUUCUACUACUUUCCAGUCCAUGGUUGAAGAACUGGCAAGCUGUGGACAUUUUUGCCAGUAGAUGGUAUGGAUUCAGCUAGCAUAUUGACUGUAGCAUAUAACCUCAUAACUACAAGACAGUGGCACUAGAAGUUACUACACUUUGUACUACAAUUUGGGACUUCUUAGCUGGACUGUGAAAAGAUCUGAGUGACAUGGGUGGUGGGUUUUCUCGGCAGCUAGACCAAAGGCAGCGUCGAUACCUGCAAGGACGGACAGAAGCAGUUGUGAAAAAUUUUAUUCCUUACUACCAUCGUCAGUAUGGAGCUGCCUUUCUGAGACACCUGUGGAAAGAAAUGGAACAACAAGAGAAACAUAGCCAUCAGCUCAUGACAAGGCACAAGGAGAGUAAUUCUGCAGAAGGGACCAUAGUGGAAGAUAAUCUGAUGUUGUCUGAAGAAGAUCCUCGUAGAUGGAAGGAGAGGUACUGUCGUGUGAGGGGAGACUUUACUGUGGAAUGGUUUUUCAAUAAACAGGCUUCUGAGAAAGGAUCCAAACCGAUGGCACAGAUGUGCUUAACAGGUUAUCUGUUGACAACAUCAGAAAAGGAAUAUCGGGAAAUGGUGAACAAAUUUUGCUUGGACACUAAAGGUGGAAACUCGUCUUCGUCUGAUGAUCCAUUUGAAACAUUUCCAACACAGUACCACCUUUUUCUCUUCCAUCCAUUCCAGAAACAUUUCUGUGCAUGUUUGGCUACUCAAGACAGCCAGCAAACUUGGUACACAGUCCUCUAUGAUGGAAUCCGUCAUCACAGCAUGGAUGUGCAGAGGAGAGGAACAUUUGCGUCUGAAGCAUUUCUGGAAGCAGUUCGGUUUUAUCUUCAAGAAAAAGGAAUCUAUGGGACAGGAGAGCUACUGCUUGGAACAGAGUCUGAGGUUCUCAGCAAUGUGGUUAUGGAAGAUAUGAUGCCAGCCCUCUGUGUACAGAUACCUCGAACACUCCGUGGCACAGAAAGUAAAAAGAAGGCUACCUGGCUAAAUUUCCUUCAGGAGGUAUAUGCAGUGGUACUUCAGGAUGUUUCCAGGUUACUUCAGGCCACUGAUGCAGAGAAAGAGGAGUGGCGGCAUCACCUUGAGAAGACAGUCCGGCCAGAUAUGGAUCAGAUCUUCACCUUAAGAGAACAGCUCAUCAAGAAGUUAAAAGUUACAUUAACAGGACCAGUGGAGUCAUGCUACACUGAAGAUGUAGAGCCAUAUCUGUGUUCAGUGGUUGAGGAACUUAUUAGCCCCCUCAGCACAGCCUUUCAGGAGGUACGCUUGCUCUUUUCUGAGUCUGUCAGUGACAUCAUCAGAAAUGUACAGAACAACUGGAGAGCUACACUGCUGGAUGAGCUCCUAGCCUGGUUUACAGAUUUGCCAGAAGAUUCUGUAAGGAUGCACCAGUGCUAUGAGAAAGUCGAGUGUCUCCAACAAAGCCUGGAAAACUUGAAGGACCGAUUUGGAUUUAAGGGGACAAGAGUUCUGAUUCUUAGGGCACAAAAUCUUAUGCAACAGAUAAUGGCAAACACUGUCUAUACAUUUCAGCAGCUGUUACAGCAGCAGCUGAAUAAAACACGGAACUCUGACCUGGUCUCCCAAACGCUAGAAAAUGUCAGAGGGAGAGCACUGAAGAAGUUUGACUAUGACAGCAGUUUGAUAAGGAAGCAGUUUGUUCAGGAAGCUGUUAUACAGAUUAUACUUCCCUAUCUGCUGAAAACUCUUGAACCGCACUGCAAACUGAUUCUCCCAGAGUACGAGAGGUAUGUGUUUGCAGACUACAACAGCGUGCUUUAUAUUGAAGCUAUCUAUGAAGAUAUUCUUAUCCAGACUUUGCUGCAAACUGUCACCACAGUUUUAAAGGAAGCAUCAAGCCAGAAGAAGCACAACUUGUACAGUGAAAGCCUGAUGUGCAUAUAUGACCGUGAAGAAAACAUGUUAGAUCAAAACGCUGCGGAUAACAUGCCAACAUCAAAUUGUAGCAGUUAUGGAGCUAUAAAGCAGAAAAAAAAUGUCCAUCAUCAAGAUAAACAUUUCACUCAGCAGAAAUUGAAAACCAUUACUGAGGAAAACUCCAACAGACCUUAUUCAGAAACGGAUCAUAUAACAAAAGGUUACAUGUGGAGCAAAAGUACUGAUACAGACUCGCACCAUGUAGAUGAUGAAAACUCUGACCUGGAUGAAACACCUCAACAUUUAGUCUAUGGAAAUCUGUGGAGGUUACAGUUACCUGGGAUCUGUAAUAAUUCAGAUGAAGAUCAGGAUGAUCCCAACACCCUGUAUGAAAAUGACAAAGGAGACCUUCAAGAUGUACUACUUGAAUUCAAAGAUGAAGGCUUACCUUUGAAUGGACGUCUCAGUGCACUCAGACAGUAACUUGAAUUCACAAACUACCCUCACAGAUUUAACUCUCACUUUGUAUAUUCUGCCAUGUGAUUCAGAAUAACAGUUAACCGCACUGGAUAAAACCACUGACCAAAUGCAAAUUAGAAGAUAAAUGCCAUCUCAAACUGUAUACUUUUUAGGGGACUUGGCUUAACUAAUCACUUAGAACAGUAGUUCACAUCAGAUUGGACAGAUGCAGUAUGAUAUAUUCAAUAGUAAAAAGCUAAACAGAAGCCACCUAACUUUAGAUUUAGUUCAUUUGAAAAUAGGAACGCUAUUCUUAAGAAUAUACCCAUUAAGUUUUUGUCAUGAAUUUGAAGGCCAGUUGUAAAGAAGAGUAUCUCUGUAGCAGGCAGUUAUUUAAAUAACCAUAACAAUGAGAGGAAGCUACAAAGAAGAAACACAUACAGACAAUUAUCCAUGCACAGUAUACAGAAAUCCAAAAAAUAGCACAGAACGCUAGCAUACACAGUAGCCUGGUUUCAUUUCUUAUCCAAGCUUGCAAAGAGGUGUGACCCUUUACCGCAGCAGGUUUCUGCUACUUUGACAGCCUAUUGUUUAAAAGAAGACAAGUUUAAGAUAUGGUUUAAAAUAUCUAGAAGGGACAUGAUUUUCACAAAAUAGAAUACAGAAGGGUACAUGUUUGAUGCAAAACUUUAUAAUGCAGUACAGUUAAAUCCACAAAAUCUAAGAAACAAGAUACAAGCCUACCAUCCUGGAAAAAAAUGGGAUGGGAUGAGGCAACCUGAGACUGUAAAUGACAAGAAAAAAAAAGACCAAGAGAAGACAUGAAAUGUUAAAGAUUGUGAAAUACUCAAAACAGUUCAAACAUGGCUAAAUACAUUUCUCUUGACAAGCUCUGAGCUAUAAAAUUGAUGUUUAAAAUGGCAACCUCCCUGUCAUUGUGAUCUUGGACACCAAAAGCAUGCUUCAGAAUUUUGGGCUUGCAUGUGCUGUUUGGAGAAGUAAUAACAAUCACAGUGAAUACAAACCACAUAUGCAUAACAGUUUCUAAGUAUCCUUCUAUAGGAAUAUGAGGUUACUUCAGCAAUCAUAUGGGGACACAACAGUAGAGUUGUGCAGAACUUAUAAGAUAUCUUAAAGGCAUGGCAGAAUGUGAAAACAGCUCCCAUCACCUAUCAACUAGUACAGUGAAAUACAUACAGCCCUUUGAAUGCCACAUGAGUAUACUUUAACAAUAUUUCAAAAUUUGAAAUCAAAGGAGUGUUUAUUUAAGCAGAAGCUAUCAGAACUCAACAGAACAGCUGCAUAGCUAAACAUGUAUGUUGUAUUCUCUGUGUCAUUAAAACUGUCACCAUUA